GUCUCGGAAUGCUGAGUAGCUUUUGGGGUCGGAGUUGCUGAUAUUACUUUCUCAAUAUAAUUAAGCAACAACCAAGAGCACGAGUGGUCAGCUUAGAUGCGGUGGCUUAUUCUCCCAUGCAGCUUUAUAAGCUUUUAUGAGUGGUGGGCUUGCAAGGUAUCAUUAAAUAUACUGGGAUCGAGUCAGCAAUGUUUCCUACAUACAUUACCCAAGGAUGAACUCGUACCCCUAUAUCUGAAACCUAGACCCAUCUCAACAAGGUUCCAAGCUAACCCCAAUACACCAGGCAUUCACCCAUCCAGCCCUACCAGCUCUUAUAGUUACGACAGGCCUCUGCCAAAGCUCGUCAUUGCGUAGGGUCCGCUCAAGAAAUCGGAUCCACCCGGAUACCAAGGAGGCUUACCAGAAGCCUAAAAUAUCUGUGCACGGAUGGCUUGAGCAUGGGCGGGCUUAAGUACCUGCAAGGGUGUGACGGCGGGCUGGAGCUGCGAUCCUAAUGGGGC